AUCUCCGUGACGAGCACACCCGCGGACUGCUGCUGCUCCUCCGGCAGUCACCGUGUAGAGACGGCGCCCGUGGAGCUGCCUGAAAACCCGGACACGGACGACCAGAAUCGGCUCAAAAACAAGGUCUCCAUAAAGGUUACAGCAGUUUCAGUGACAUGGACAGCAAGCGCAAUCACACACCCUCCAGAACUAACACAGGAGCCUUGCCUGAACUGCCAAGCAGAAAAUGACUCAGAGAAAUGGAAUCAGCGGGACGAGUGAUCGCAUCCUCCAAUCGGAGGCCUCCAAGGUUUUCCAGCAGGCCAACGGUAUGGACCACGAGAAAAUCCAGGAGGCCGAUGAUUGUGAAUUGGAGGAGAGGGGACAGGAAGGAGGGCGCCGAGUAUCCGUGGCUGUAACAGGAGCAGUCGAAGCUCCAGAUGGCGGCUGGGGCUGGAUGGUGCUGGUUGCCACCAUACUUGUCCUGGCUUUGACACUGGCAUUUCCCUCCUGCGUGGGAAUCUUCUACACUGACUUGCAGAAUGAGUUCCACGCAACCAACAGCGAAACCUCCUGGGUGCCCUCCAUCAUGACGUCAGCGCUUCAUGCAGGAGGUCCCUUUUGUAGCAUGUUGGUGGAGAAACUUGGCUGCCGAACGACAAUCAUGUUGGGAGGGGUCCUGAGCGGGGUUGGAAUGGCUGCCAGCUCAUUUACCCAGUCGAUCACUGAGCUUUACAUCACCGCCGGGGUCAUUACAGGUCUUGGUUUCUGCUUCAGCUUCCAACCAGCCGUGACAAUCCUGGGACACUACUUUGUGCGUCGCCGUGUAUUUGCCAACGCCAUGUCCUCCACGGGCACCGCCUUGGGACUGUGCACUCUGCCUGUCCUGGGAAACUACCUCCACAUAGAGUACGGUUGGAGGGGAAGUUUUCUCAUUCUGGGGGCCGUCCUGCUAAACUGCUGUGUGUGUGGAGCUGUGAUGAGGCCCCUCCAGCCCAAAAGGCAUCGUGGCCAGCCGCUGAUGAACCACGGACCUCCUCCGCCAGACGAGAAUAGUGACAGCAAGGAAAAAGGGAGGGUGAGGACGAUUUGGAGCUCCAUGUUGGCUUUCCUGAGCAAACACAUGGCCUUCAAUCAGUUCUGCAACAACUUGCGCUACCGCGCGUACUCCAUCGGCAUCACGUGGAUGAUGCUCGGGUUUGUGGUACCUCUGGUGUAUCUGGUUCCCUACGCUACAGCAAAUGACAUGGAGCCGAGUCAGGCUGCGUACCUGCUGUCCAUCCUGGGGAUCGUCAACAUCGUGGUGCGGCCACCGUUUGGGAUCGUCUUUAACUUGCCAUGGUUCAAAGGGCGACACGUUUACGUGUUUUCUGCAGCUUUGCUUGUCAAUGGGCUGAGUAACAGCAUCUGCUGCAUCGGGCCCAGCUUCCAUGUACUGCUGGCUUACGUGGUGAUCUACGGGCUUUCCAUGAGCGUGGUGGGCUCCCUGAUGUUUACUGUCCUCAUGGAUGUAGUGGAGAUGAGCUGCUUUCCCUCAGCCCUUGGCCUCCUUGCUGUCAUGGAGAGCGUCACGCUGCUCAUCGGGCCUCCGCUGGCAGGAAUCCUGGUUGACAGAAUGGGCCACUAUUUCCACGUUUUUUUUGCCUGCAGUGCCGUUGUUGCCUCAUCCGCCGUGUUCCUUAUGGUGUCGUUUUGCUGGCUGGAUAAAAAGGAGAGGAAGGCGCUGAAUCAGGUGAAGCCACCCACGACGCCCGACCCGGCGGCACCCACGAUUGACAUCGUUCCUGGUUGCCAGUACAGCAGCGUGUCCACAGAGGGAGAUAAAGACAAGGCCUCGGCUAACGGGGCAGAGUAUAUCACCAGCGUCUGAACCUGCUUACACUGUGUGUCACCUUUUAGCACACGUCACACCCUCGGUCAGACUGUUCUGCAAAUGAUUCCUAAUAUUUGCGGCCGCUUGCCUGGUGCGCCAGAUGUUGUGAGGUUUACUUUUCUGUGGUUAAAAGACAGCACACAUCCUAACAUCUGGAGCACCAUAAAAGUCUGAACAAAUAGUACGAAGAGUUUGCACUGUUUGACCAAGGUUGCAUACCAAAAUCAGGAGAUGUGCACUUAAAAACCACAACGUGAUUGUACUGUUUAUUGUAAAAUGCUGCUGAUUUUAUCUACACAAUCUAUCACACAUGAGGUAUAUCACUCUAUCAAGCCAAGAUACGUACAUAAUCCCUCAUUAGAGAAAUCCAAUCUUUAGUCGAUGUUUGCUGGAACAGUGUUUUUCAAUGGUGUGUUAGUAUACGAUGAGCUUACAGACACAGAGAGAGCAGAUACUGUUGAGCAGUGAAACAGAAAUGAAGGGGACGGUGCAGUAAUAUCAGUGUGAAACAUUGUGGAGCAGCAACCUAGUGAGGCCUUAUCAAGAGUUAAAGGGGACAUGUUAUGUUUUGUUUUUUUUCUGUUUCCUGUCAUGUUACAGUGGUAAAUAGUUGUUAAAUACAGCCGGAACCAAUAGCCAAAAAAUUUGAGCUUCAUCCAGAUCUUUUGAACAAUGUUUCCCACACCUAGACUUCACUUGGGUGUGCCAAAAAGGGUAUAUGUUGCAAUUAAUUUUUAUUUUUACAGCCAUCUAAGAUGACUAUCAAGCCACCUCACUCUUAUUUUGACAUUUCAAUCGCCGUUAAACAGCUAGCUCUGGUCCUUUCUCUACAGGCAAGCUGGUCAAACCAUUAUUCUGACAGGAGGUCAGAAUAAUGUUCUGCUCUGGAGCUCUUUCGCAGCCCCGAGGGGCAGCUCUAGUCGACAGUUGGUCACUAGAGGACAUUCCAGGCUCUGUUUGCCUAGGUAACUCUCUAAUGUAGACUUUAUGGGCCUUGCCUUGCCACAGGUGUAUAAAAUCAAGCACCUAGUCAUGCAGUCUGCUUUCACAAACAUUUGUGAAAGAAUGAGCUCAGUGCACUCCAGAGUUGUCUUGUAACAAGAUUCCUUCCUAAAUAUUCCACAAUCAAGUUUAGGUGAUAUAAUUGCAAAGUGGAAAACUUUAGGAACCACAGCAGCUCAGCCAUGUGACCAGGUACAGUUACAGAAAGGGGUUGCUGGGUGCUGAGGCGUAUACUGCGAGCUCCAAACCCUCUUUGGCAUUAACAUCAGCACAACAGCUGUGCACCAGGAGCUUCACAGCAUCUAGCAGCUCCUGUAGGUGUAAUGUGUAGGUGGAUCAGCACUUCUGUCCACGUACUGCGUCUAUCACCUCUCGUAUCAGUCUAUUCUGCAUUCUCACUCUUGUCUCAGCAGUUGCUUUAAUCGUUGACCGCAAAGUCAAACUUCUGAUUCGCCUGCAGUUAUUUCUCUUGUCUUCACAAGAAGUCGCUCAACGUCACUCAAUUUCUCAGUCUCUGCUUUCUGUGUGGGCGCCUCUUUGUAGACCAUCUCUCCGUGGGAUGAGGAACUUUCUUGAGAGCCAGCUGAUGGCUCGGUAUUUAAUGUCUCAAAGUGUGAUUGAUAUUAUUUAUUUAUCAGUUUAGAACAGCGUCCUUUCACCUCUUUCUCACCAAAACCAAGAAUAGAUUUUUAUUCUGUGGGAAACAUCGUUUUUACUUUAUGUAUGAUGUUAGAGGGGAUAGCCUGAAAGUAGUCUCAAGCACAGAGUUGUGGUUUUGAGCAUAGAAGCCCCACCCACUUCAGUUUCCAGCCAAUCAGUAGAAAGUUAGCUUACUGGGAGAGGAAUUAAAACACCUUCAUGUUUUUUGGUAAAGUACCCACAGAUUACUGAACACAGUGUACUUUAAUAGCAAUGUGAACAGCACAGUCAGACCUGUCGCUCACACAUUUUUAUCACUGAUACCUAAUCCAGAGUAAACAGGGGCGUGAAACGCUUUAAUGCCCUUCCGUGUCAGUGAAACUAAGCGAAAGCUGCACAGCAGAGUGUCGUGACACUCUUGUGGUUUGAAGGCAGAUAAUUUCAGGGGUGUGAAUACUUUUAAACAUGGCUGGUGCUAAAAAAAAAUGGCUGUAGCUCUGAAUGUGAGUUUGUGGUGACCUGUAGAGGGUGUACUUUGAUAAGUGAUUAAGAAAAUAAAUGAAUGGAUGAAAAUUUCAACAAAACUUCAGUUUAAUGCGUUAUUGGUUUGAGCACGCAACUGUUUUAUCAGUUGCUACUUUAGCUAUAGUUCAGCUGUAUUGAAAAACUCCAUUCAUCUAUUCUCCUUCACCUAUUCACUGGAAACUAUCACAGGAGAGGCAGGAAGUCAGGAAAUUUCCACAGCAUGUGAAUUUUUAGAAUUUUUGAAAUUUAUGUGCAGUUACUCAGUUUCCAUGAUGUGCAGUGCCUGACAUGGUGUUCAUGUGUCCUGCCAUAACUCCAGCCUUUCAUUCCUCCAAAUCAUAUUAAGGUUAGACUUUUGUUGGUGUUGGCUGUGCGCCAAAAUAACUCCUGAGAAGCUGCACCUGUUGGUCAGUGCUCACCUGAUUUAUGUCUGUACAGCACAAAAACACUGAUAAACACACAGUUCCAAAUAUUAAAGCCUCUGCCUUAUUAAAUUUAAGUUCAGUGCAUCUCCUACUCAGUAUGGUGUUUGAUAACAACUGAUUACUUACUGCAGCAUCACAUGCCGGCAUUGCCAACCUGGAGAACAGCCAUACUGAUUAUUUCAGCUUGUUUAAAAGCUAAUUACCAGGAGCGGUCUGAGCGAAACUCAAAAUUUAUAUCUUUUAAAAUAAACCACAACUAUACUUUACAAGUCCGUUUUUGUUGGUAGAAAGCGCCGAAUCAUGGCUGACUUUUUUUUGUUUUUGUUUUUUUAAUGAAAUGGGGUUUUUUUUUUAGCGGGAGUAAGUACCGUAUUUGUUUGGGUCUAUUUUCAGCUGCGGAUGAAUACAUGCUUGUGGCAAUGAAGGAACAUUUGAAACAGUGGAGCUAUAUCAGACUUGUAGCAUGAAUUUAUUGUUGCUUUUAGUCUUUUUAGUGGGUUAGUGGUUGGUUCACUGUAGGAAUGAUAAUGAUGAAAUGAAAAGGAAAGCAGACUGAUAACCCUGUGAGGUCUAAGUCAUCGUCGAUGGUGAGAAAUGACCCUGAUUCUGCAUUUCAAGAAUAAACAGGAGCUUUGUGUUUAGAGGUGCUUAGACCUCAGAGGGAAUUUUAACAAGGUGCAGUAAAGGAUAUAUUACUUUAUUAUUUUUCACUUCUUUAAAGAAGAAUCAUACAUUUUCUGCCCACCUUGCUGAGCUGUUUGGUUCACUCAACAUGGACCUAGAAAAUUGUUGCCUGCACUUCACUGUCAUAUAGCAAAUUAACAUGUACUGUAAUAGCAGUGAAUUAAUCAUGUUUUUCUUUUCUUGUGCUUGCUUUUCAUUCCUCAAUGCAACAGUGCCUUUUUACGUAGCUGCCGUGUUUCUUAAAAAUGACCCACACUGAUAAUUUCACGUGCUUUCAGAAACAAAGAAGCAGAUGAUUUCGCGUUUCACAUCAGAGAUUUGAAACAUUUCUUAGAAGGAAUAUUUCAAAGGCGCUGAUCACAGCUCACACUACAAGUACAAGCUAUUAUAACUGAGUAUUGAAUACACUUUUCAGGUAUAAACUGUAUUGCAGUAAACAAAGAUGUAAGCACCAACAGAGGAUUUAUUAGUAAUUUUUAGAUGCUUGUCUUGCUUUAAGUCAAAUAUCUUUAUUAUAAAUUCUUUAUUUAUAUAUUAUGAUU